AUGCGGGCCACCCUUCCCCGCCUCGUCCGCAUCAUCCCCCGCUCGCUCUUCAGCCCAGGCCAAGCCACAAUUAUCCCCGCCCCCGAACCACAAUACAACGACCUCCACCGACCUACCGUCCUCGACCUCUUACAAAAACAAAGAGACGACUUGGUACAAAAGCAACAGGACGGCUUGCUAAAACAAGGGGAGGAAUGGCCGAGUAAUAUCAGGAUUGAGGUGCCCCUUGAACGGAGCGCUUUUAAGAAUGUGAGGAAGGAGUUGAGGGGGGAGAUUAAGAAGCUUUUUAAGGAGCGGUGA